ACGCCCCGUUCACCGCAGACUCCCGCUGGGUGGGUACCUGAGACAGGUCAUGCAGAGGUUGGAGGAGAGGGCGUGGUCUCUUAUCUGUGGUGAGGAGUGGGGUGUGUCUGGAGGCGUCUGUAGAACACUGAGCAUCAUGAACUCCUUGGACUAGGGCGUAGAGCGGACACAGAGGAGAUGUUUGCGAGAGAAACAAGACUGUCACUGUUUGGUGCCUGGACAUUCAACUAGACCUGCCACCCGUCCCGAGUAACGCAGACCUCACCGGGCUGAGAAUACAGGUUCCUCUAUGUCUGGCUUCCAGUCCGCCUCUAAUCUUCUCCAGACUCCCAGUCUGAGCCCAGUCCUGAGAUUGACGUGUGGGAGGCACUGCGGACGUUUGUACCUGGCAGAUGAUGCUGUUGGGAGAACAUCGGCUGUCCUCCUGGUCAGAAAGAGCCCCCAUACCUGACCGAGGCAGGCAGGGAGGCUUUUGAUCAGCUGUACCAGCUAUGGGAAGGAGAGAUGAGAAAUAUUCUGUCCACACAGACCCCGUCACCCCUCCUGCCCCUGCCACUGGUCUGUCAGAGUCAACUGGUUAAAGAUGUGUGCUAAAUGUGUUGAUUGGGGUAGCAUCAGCCACAUUUCCCCUCAGUGAGACAAUUGUGCAGUUUAAUGUUCGUCCAGAUAUCUGUGUAUAUGGGACGUCUCCUGAGAGUGUGUCCAGACUGCUGGGUGAGCUGGUGCAGUAUGGCACACACUACCUGCAGCUCUGCCGCUUCUCUCUGAGCAGUUACAAUCAGAGGCCUUCACAGGUUGUCUGCGGCGUUACCUGCAUUACUAUAGAGCAUGUGUGCUGAGCACUCCUGCCUAGCUGAGUCUUCUCACAAUUGGCUGUCAUUUCCGUAAACUGGGGCGUCAACUCAGGUAUCUGUCAGAACUGUGUUGUGAGGGGCAGUGGUGGCUCAGCGGCUAAGGCUCUGGGUUACUGAUCAGAAGGUCAGGGGUUCAAGCCCCAGCACUGCCAAGUUGCCACUGUUGGGCCCUUGAGCAUGGCCCUUGACCCUAUCUGCUCCAGGGAUGCCGUAUCAUGGCUGACCCUGCACUCUGACCCCAGUUUAGCUGGGAUAUGUGAAAAAAAGAAUUUCACUGUAUAUGUGCAAAUGUAUAAUGUGUGAUAAAUAAAUAUAAUUAAUUAAAUUAAAAUUAAAGUUUGAAUGAAAUCGCUGGUGUUGGACGAGCUACUUUUCCUGUAGUAAGAAACCUUUUCAUUGGACACAUCAGAUAUAUCUGUUAGAGACAUCAGAUCAGAGGUUGCAUUAACAAAAAUAAUUCCGUCAUUUACAGAAUUUGUAAAACAUUGACCGAUUAUUCAAAAUGCUUUCUGUAAUUUUGGCAUAUAUAAUAUGGCAUCUGGUUUGUAGUGUUUUCCUGCUUUAGAAACAUUCACACAGUAAAUGAUUCUGAUAAAUAUUAAAAUUGAAGGGGGAGAAAAUAACCUUUGAAGUGUCCCUGUGAAAAUAGACUGGAAGAGAGAAGUGAGUGGGGAUUUGAGGAGAGAAAUGAGAGAUUUCAAGUGUAGUCCUGUGGAAUAUUUCAUGCAAUAUUGUUCAUGAAAUGGAUUGACUUUAUGUAAAAAUUUGUCACAUUGUGAGAGCAGAAAUAAAAGAAAAAGCUAAGAACCCCCCAAGUGAGUAAAAGAGCACUUGUCAUAGAAGUUUUUGUUAUCAAGGUGACAUUAAAAAUAACAAAUGUUACAAGCUAGUUGGUCAAAGAGUCAGAUAAUGAUUUUUUUUUGUUUUUUUGUAGCGUUUGAUGUCUGCACAGGCAAUGUUUUAGGCCAAAUGUGUUUUGUACAGGUAUGUGUUGCAGGUAUGUGGCGUUGUUCGUGUAAUUAGUAGUGUGUGUGUGUGUGUGUGUAUGUGCUCAGGGUGUGAAGCUGCUGCUGUAUCUGUAUAAUCACAGAGUACAGAAGCACAGAGUAACUGCAGUAAUGUGAAUCAUCCUGUGCUGCUGUCACUGUUGAAAAGCAGCUGUGAGCCAUACACACGGUGAGACUCUCUCCUCUGGGGUUUUAUUUAUUUAAGCUGGGACGGCCACCAACAGGCCCGUGAGAUAAUUUUUUUUUAAUCAAAACUACAGUCUUGACCAACACAAAAUACAUAUUUUUUUUAAAGCUUAGAAGCUGUACUUUACAAUGCAUGUAGGCACUAUUACCUAAACUGAACAAGUGCUUUGAAAUUUGCAGACAAAUCAGAAGUGUUCCGUUUUGAUAAUUUAUUAAAAAAAACAUUUGCACUGUACAUAUUAUUGUAAUCUGUAAAAGCAUCAGUCUCAUCAAAUAGCCAUAUGUCAUGGAUUGUUAGAAAGCUCUUAAAGAUUAGAAUACAACCAGCCUAAUUGUUCUACUCACAUACAAAAUUUAUAGCGAGUAAUAGCAUAUUUAGUGAUAGUAUAUUUCUUUGACAUAAUUGUUUCAUGUUUCACUUCGCGAAAAAUAAACGGAACAUAAAUGACGCAAUUAUCUUUAAAACGAGGCCACACAAAGUAAUCAGAUGCAUAUAUCAUUAGAUAACCCACACAAAGCACAAUGUGCACACAGAAAAUGUGCUGUCUGGCUGAAAACACAUUAAAACACUUAGAAAUGCUGUAGCUGUCGUGGAAUGCUAAACCAAUUGGUACUGAUUGCUCCAACCAGUGGUGAUAGUCCUCCAUAUUUGGUCAGUCACGUGAUCAUUACUGUUAUUACAUAUGGCCACCAGGUUCAUGAAACGGACUCAAUGAUGACUGAAAUGGCACAGAAUGAAACUCAUUCUGGAAAUUUCAUUACUAAAAUCAUGUCUGCAUGCUAUGCAAACCUUUAGUCUUUUUUGUGAUUUUUCAGCAGUUUCUUAGGUUGAGAGUCUGUUAUAAUAAACAUUUAAAAGUUUUCUUUAAAAUGAUACCAAACACUUUUACACAAGAUCAUCCCUGUUAUUUUUUUGUAUUUUAUUUAUUUAUUUUACAAGUUAUACAGGAAAUAAACAGGAAAUCUUUAAAAACACCCUUAAAGGGUUAACAUCUAUUUACAAUCUACAUGGACCCUAUUUGCUUCCUUUAUAAAUAUUGCUGGCCUUAGUGCAUUCAUUAGUGUAUGUUUCUAAGAAAAAAAGUUACAAAUUUCUCUGCCUCUGAAAUGUCAAGGCUGUGUAGGUUGGGGAAAACAACAGGAACUGUUUUUAAUGAUAGAAAUAAAUAUACAUCUCCCAAUCUCUGAUUUUCCUAAAGCUUUUGGCCAAAACGCAAACUAUUAAAUUGCCGAGAUAUUUCAACUUUUACUUUUAAAAAAAAUGUGUAGUUGAAAUUUGUAACCAAGUGAAAGUUUCAAUGAGGUAAUGUGUGUGUAGGUUUGUUUCAGACUGGGUGUAUGGUGGUGUCUUCCAUGAUGUGUAUAAAGAGUUCAUGAUUGAGGUUAAUGAAGAUUAUCUGACCCAUAGAAAUAAGAAUUUUUGGACACAAGGCUAUACUCUCAUUUCACGGGACGCAGAGGACAAACACAUCGCCAACGAAGUAUACAUGUGUGGAGAAACUAUCGACCUGCUGAAGAUCUGCUGCCCACAGCACUACAUCUUCUGGUUGGACAUACCGGUACCCAGGAUUACCGUGACAUUCUCUCUACAGGAAGUAGAGGAGAUUGAGAGAGACUGCGCUGUGUACCGUGGGUGAAUGGAGAUGAUUGCCAGGCAUAGCACCAUCAGUAGGAAGGAACAGGCAGUGCCAACUGAACAGGCUCGACAGGAGCUCAUUAACCAGGUCAGAGAGUCAGUGGCCAAGACCCUGGAGAGAAUUAAAGGCCGCCAGGUGUCACAGCAUCUGGCAGAAGAGGCCCAGAAGAAAGAACGAUUCGAAGAGAUGAAAUGGCAGCUGGAGCUGCACCAGGAGUGGCACAGUGCUGUAAGACGGAAGGAACAGGAAAAUGAUUUUAGCUAUGCCCGAGAGCUCAGGGACUGAGAGCAGAGGCUGCAGGCCCUCGAGGAGUAGCUGGAGCGUCGGGCACGGAUGGACCUGAUCACUCAGUACAGUCAGUUAUCAGAAGUGGCGACCAGAUGUGAGCUCAGAGCCAUGUAGAAGGUACAGAGGAUGAAACUUGACGAGUGAAGAGUGAACUUCCUGCAGCGAGACCAGCAAAGCAUACAGUGCCCCAUACUGAGCUGUCUCCCUGGAUGAGGGUCUCUCUGCCUGGGCUCUGGGAUUGAGCCUGUUCCCUAAAGAGAGUCCAGAAGAUUGCUGUCUUCUCAGCCUGGCCUCGCAGUACCAAGCUGAGCAGUACCAGGACUCAUACGGCCUGAUGACUGCGGCACCAGACUCUGAGCUUUUGCAGCAGGUGACUCAGGGUCCCAACUGGUUACCUGUUGACUUCUCCCUGCACCGUGCUACAGACGCCAUUGCGGUUCAACUCAGUGAGAUGAUGCCACUUCCUGUUCUCAUGAAACACUCGGUCACCACUCCACUGAUUACACAUGUGUCUAUGGUGAAUAAGGCAGUGGUGGAUUAUUUUUUCAUGGAGUUGGACGUGGAGAAGCAUUUCGAGACUCUGAGGCAUUUCCUGUUGUUGGAGGAUGGAGAGUUUGCACUGUCUCUCAGCGAUCAACUCUUCGAGAAGUUGGGCAUCGGUCAGACUCCUGGUGAACUGUUGACGCCGCUGGUGUUGAACUCCAUUCUGAAUAAAGUGUUACAAUACAGCGUCAGCGGGGACAGCGAGCUGACGUCUCGCUUCAUGUUUGCACUGCGAUACCUCCCUGAGGUCUUCCACCCUCAUGCUCCAGAAUCACUGAACUGUCUGGAGCUCCGCUACAAGGUGGACUGGCCGGUAAAUAUUGUCAUAACAGACAGCUGUCUGAAUAAAUAUAACAGACUGUUCUCCUUCUUGCUGCAGCUGAAACACAUGGUGUGGUCUCUCAGAGAUGUCUGGUUUCACCUCAAGAGGACCGCGUUGGUGAAAGGUGCUGGUCGCUCCAUUCAGUUCCAUCAACUGUACAGACACGAGAUGCAGCACUUUGUGAAGGUCAUCCAUGAUUACAUCACUAAUCAGAUCCUUCAAUGUGUCCUGGAGGGUUUGUUGACGGAGAAAGCGACUCCCGUUAUGAACAUCAUUCACAGCAUCAUCAGUCUGAUCCUGAAGUUCCGCAGGCAGCUGAUCGCACAGCCCUGGCAGUUCCAGCAGGGGGAGCCGGUGCACCCCAGUUUCAUCACCAUUCAGCAGUCCUACAACACCUUCAAAUACUACUCGCACUUCCUGUUCAAAGUGGUGACCAAACUGGUGGAUAAAGGCUAUCAGCCUCAUCUAGAGGACUUCCUGUUGCGGAUCAACCUCAAUAAUUACUAUAAAGACCUCUUGAUUCUCGUGUAUGAAUUUGAUCUCUUCUGUACCUGCUUCAGUAUUAACAUCAGCCUUUCGGUCAGUAUUCCUUCUGUGUAUGUUGGAUAACCAAAGCUAGCAACUAUAAUCAUGUACCUGACUGAAGGGUGACUACAGAUGUUUUUAUCUAUGUAUCCUAGAAGCAUAAUCUGUAACGCUCAGUACUGAUUUGGACGUUUACUGCUGUGACAUGAUGCUUAUAUCCACAGAGGGUGAAAAUGUUAUAUGUGUAAAAUAAAAUAUUUCAUUUGUGUUAUUUCAGAUUGAAUUUUUGCACAACUCUAAAAGAGAGAGAGAAAUGGCCUCAAAGCUUUAUUAAAGAGUUUUACAUUCUGAAAAGACAGAUACAUAUUACAUGUGCAGAACCUGCCAGUCCAACAUAAAUAACUGGAGCAUAUCUGCGCAAACAAAAGUUCAUUUAUGUUUUUGUUUUUUCAGCAUGGUUCAUGCUCAAGCUUAUCGCAGAUUAAACUUCAGAUGUUUGAGGCAUAUUUAGUUUCAUUACACGUACAUUUUGAGAUCUCAGUUUCCAUUUCUGAAAUAUCUCCAUCCUACUAUUAAUGUAAACAGUUCAACUUCAUUCAAAUCAAUAGAAAACCACUUUCACUAGACAUACAACCAUAACCUUUAGUACAAAUGCAAAUUAUUACAGAUUAACUAGAGGUAGACCGAUAUAUCGGUUUUACCGAUUAAUCGCUGCUGUAAGUUGCUUUUUGGAACUAAUGGUUAUCAGCAAAAACCUGUCGAUAGUUGCCAAUAGUUUUUUCAUAAUUUAGUCCUUUCAAAAUAAGAGUCCCCAGUGUGUUUCGGGCUUAAAGUCUGAUCUUAAAUCUUAUUUUUUUCUGGUUGAACAAAAAACUGCAUCUGGGUUUUUAUUCAUUUUGGACUCUUUGUCUUUGUCUGCCAUAAUUAAGAAAAAAUAAGAACUUUUUUUACAUUCUAUAAAUCAAUUUGGAAAAACUAUCGGCCGAUUAAUCGGUUAUCUGCAUUUCCCACCACCUUAGUUAUUGGUAUAGGCAAAAUCCACUAUCGGUCGACCUCUAUUACAUGCUCUGUUUAAUAAAGCGCUGUGGAAAAACCCUCCAGAGCUCAAACAAACGCUCUAAAUUAAAAGUACCUACAAACACGUAUUUGUUGAUAGUGGUCAGAAAAGCAUUCAGCUGUGUGAGAAAAUAUUAAACUGAUUGAAAAUUAAUUUGGUUCUGCGUGAGAAUACAUUUAUGGAAAAACUAUAGAACUGUUUAGUCCCAUAAACUACUGGCCCUGAGAAUGUUAAUUUUUCCACAAAGUAGAUGAGUAUGUGUGACGUUAAAUUACAACUGUUUUAUGUAUUUGAAAGCAUUUUUUAUCUUUAACCGUUUAAGUGUAUAAACUGUAAACAGACACUAAAAAUAACCAACAUAUCACUCUUACUAGUGUUUUAAAUAAAUGUAAAAAAAAAAAAAAGGAA